AUGGAGAAUCUUCCGAACCAGCUGAUGAGCCGCAUCGCUGAACUCUCGCUCACGGAUGCACAGAUUCAGUCCUACGGCCGGUGGCUCGUCUUCGCUCUCGGAGCCUACUACGUCUCCAGUACCUGGCAGAAGAGUAUCCCCGCAGAUGUGCAGGCUGCUAUUACGGGGCACAUGGUGCAAGGCUACGACCGCAGCGCCAUCACCACCCGCCUUGAGCAGCGGCACAUCCGCCAGCUUCUCCAGCAAAUCACUGGCUUGAACGAGCUGCGCCAGCAACUGCGUUCAAAGAUUGACAAGGAGGCGAAGCUUCGGGGCUGGCAGCGAGUGUUUCGGCUGACUCUCAUCAGCAUUGCUGCCACCACCUACACACACAGCCUCACUAUUUCGCUACUCUCGAUUAAGAACAUGGUUCGAGUGCUUGUCUUCCUGUUGAGUCGUCGCGAAAGUGCGGCCUUGUCCAAGAGUCGCAGCGGCCCCAUCUCGGCUGUUCGGGCGUGGUGGACGGGCGGGCGGCGCGCCGGACUCACGGGCAUCAUGAUGGAGUCGAUGAUGGCAAAGAUGGCCGAGCAGGCGAGUCAGCAAGCGUCGCCGUUUGCGAACGCGGAGCUGGAGGAGGUGGCGGUGACGGAGGGACUUCGGCAGUUGCCUCUGCCGCCGCCGAUCGACGGUCGUGCGGCAUUUGUGCAGGCGCAGCAGCAGCAGAUGCGGGAGGCGGUACACAGGGAGAGCGUGAGUCAGGUUGAGCAGGCCUUCUCAGUGCGCGCGGUCCUCGAGGUGGCGGUGCCGCGUAUUGUAGCGUGUGCUGCAGCUGCGGUCGACAGUGCCAUUGCGGUACGACCGGUGCACCUCUUCAGCGUCAGUGGCAUUGUCCGCGCGGCCGACCUGCGCAGCCUGCUGUGCGACAUUGCCCUCAGGAUGGAGCGGCGCGCUUGCGUUGCCGAGUGGGUGCAGCGGCCGCACCAUUCGCUGGUCACCAUGUCCCGGCAGCGCAGCGGAGCGAGCUCCUCCCUAUUGACUUCACCGCAGAAGCCCCUGGACCCAAGCAAAGGUCGCUUGCAGACGAACGAGGACGAGGAGCUGCUCGACGAGCGAGAUCAGUCAGCGACGUCCUCGGAGGAUAUCAUCGAGUUUCCUCACGAGUCUGCCACCCUGCUCCGCCCCGACGGUCGCCAAAUGCACCGCAGCGAAGACCAAGCUAUCGAUGAGAUGCUUGGCCGCUGCUUCACUGCGGAGGAGGAGGCGCAGCAGGAGGAAGCGAUACGCCGUGAUCAUCUGCUGAAGGGGCAGAUGGCGGGCUUCUUCACAGAACUGUCGCACAGCGCGAGCUUUGGGGAGCUGUGUAUCACGUAUGCUGCUGAGCUGCUGGCGACGCAGUUUAAGGAGGCUGGCGACAUCACCCAUGUCAAGACGUAUGACGCGGCGACGGACACUGCAAAAAUGGCGAUGGUGAUCGCUGCCCUCGACAGCUGCCGGCUGGCGGCUCUUGAAGAAGAGUGCGAGGUGAAACCGUACCUGCGACUCUUCUGCGAGGAGACCAUCCGCUCCACGUGCGCGCAGUGA